CAGCACGUGUUCUUGUAAGAAGCAAUCACGUCGAGCACGUCGCCACUUUCGUACUCUCCGUUAGUUUCUGUUUCUCGGAGCGGUAAUCACCGACUGUCUUGUUUCCCAUGGCGACUAACGAUAAAGUCCUCAAAAAGGUCGAAAAUGUGGGCUUUAUAGGCGCGGGAAACAUGGCUCAGUGCAUCAUGAAAGGCAUCAAGAGCGCAGGUGUAGCGGCCAAGAACAUUUGGGUUAGCGCUCCAUCCAUGAAGAACCUGGAGACACUAAAGGAGGAAGGAUACAACACGACACAGCGAAAUGGAGAGGUGACCAAGAAGUGCAGCAUAGUGUUCCUGUGCGUAAAACCACACCUGAUGGACGUCGUGGGUGCCGAGAUACAGCCGCAGCUGACAACGAACCACCUUGUCAUCAGCGUCGCAGCUGCUGUCAAGAUUUCUCACCUAGUCGCUGUGCUUCGCGUGCCAUGCCGAGUAGUCCGGUGCAUGCCCAACACCUGUGUGACGGUGGGUGCAGGUGUGUGCGCCAUCAGCCGCGGCCCUGGCGUAGAUGCGGAUGAUAUUGCGCUAGUCAUCAGUUUGCUGGGCAGCAUUGGUCUCUGCGAGGAGGUCUCGGAAAGCAUCAUGGAUGCCGUCUGUGGACUGAGUGGUUCAGGGCCGGCCUAUGUAUGCCUGGCUAUCCAGGGAAUGGCAGAUGGAGCAGUCAAGAUGGGCAUGCCGAGGCAGCUAGCGCUCAGAUUUGCUGCACAGACCAUCAUGGGUGCUGGUAAGAUGGCCCUAGACAGUGGCUACCACCCGGAGGAGCUCAAGGACAACGUCUGCUCACCGGGGGGAACGACGGCCUACGGGCUGUCGGCCCUCGAGAGCCGCUGCGUGCGCGCUGCCUUCGCCGAAGCCGUCGAGGCCGCCACACGCCGUGCUCAGGAGCUGGGGCACAAGGUCGAAAGCAAGGGUGCUGCCUCAAACUGACUCCAUUUGGGUUUGCUUUUGGGUGCAGCAUCGACAAGUUCCUCUUCAAGCAUGCCCAAGGCCACCGCAAAGAUUUUACUACCGUUUCAGCCAAUUGCACUGAGCACCCUCCUUUUGAAGUUCGAAAAUACUGGCUAUAGCGCAGUACCUGCUUGACAUUUAACCUGCACCAUGACACACUGCGAAAUGCGCAUUUAACCUGCGCCCAGAUACAAUGUGAAAUAUUAACGGCCUGCACACAUCUCGUUGAACUGGAAAGUUAGGGGUAAAAACUUACGAAAGCGUUUACUUUACAAUUGUGACUACAGAGUCUGCACAGUGCUCAGUCCUCUUCUAAUGUAUUUGUUUCCAACUGUAUAGCUCAGAUGGUGAAUAAAGAUGUGUAGAUUCAUUGA